AUGGGCCAUUUCCCCUUAUCUAAACGCGAAAAUAAUUUGAACACGGACAGAUGGCGUCGGUCCCACCGGGAUUGGUCGAUAGUUGAAGAACAUCAUCGGCUAACAUCCUGCAUCACCCGUAUUCUAACAAUCUACCACCACCAGAAGAAGAGAACGAGCUCCUCCAAAUCGACCUUCUCUAUCUCUAGUCGAUCGAUGAGGAAUGAACCGAUGAUUCCUCCAAGUAAAAGUUCACUACAAAUUCGCAGAAAAAACGAAAACCUAGGGACAUACGCAUCUGCACAGACGACCACAAGAAAUACGGAUCCUCGAUCGGCCUUCACCCCCCGAAGCCGUAGAGCGUGCGGCCCUGGCGCUUGAGGGCGUAGACGACGUCCAUGGCGGUGACGGUCUUCCGGCGAGCGUGCUCGGUGUAGGUGACCGCGUCGCGGAUGACGUUCUCAAGGAAAAUCUUGAGGACGCCCCUCGUCUCCUCGUAGAUCAGGCCGCUGAUGCGCUUAACUCCGCCGCGCCGAGCCAGGCGGCGGAUCGCCGGCUUGGUGAUCCCCUGGAUGUUAUCUCUGAGCACCUUGCGGUGACGCUUGGCGCCGCCCUUCCCCAGCCCCUUUCCUCCCUUUCCACGGCCAGACAUGGCAGCGCCGCCUGCUCCACGAAACAGAGAACAAUGGCUUCAGAGAUUAACUCUUCUCGCAGAACAUUCAGUCUCCUUAGCGGGAAGAGCCCGUCGUCCGUAAUAUAA